GUCCCUAAUCUGAGGGAAUGUUGUGAAUGUUCGACGCGCAAUCUCAAAGCGAGUCCCGAGCCAAUUUGGCCUACACAGUCCUGUCGCGGAGAUGGAGAAGUCGCCGCAAAAUUUGUCCUCCGAGGGUUCAGUGCAGCUGCCGCCGGACGACAACGACGACGACGGAAGCUCGGCGUGCUCCGACGAGCUAAUGGGUUCCCAGUCCCGCCGCUGGCUCGCUGAAUUAAUGGCGGCGGACGGGCCCGGCCAGCCCGACGAGAGGGUGGCGGUGGGUCGCGACGGACUCUUCGUCGACUACCAUUUCCCCCUCGGGGAAUUCGAAAUGAAGGCCGGCGUCAAGUGGAAGCGACCCGGGGAGCUGUGCCCGUCACCUCAGUUCACCGUCGAUGGAGCGUCACGCUUGGAUGUUCGCCAGGGGAACCUCAGCGACUGCUGGCUGCUUUCUGCCAUCGCAUCUCUGGCCGUGCACCAGCCUCUGCUGCGCAAGGUGGUUCCUCCUGGACAAACCUUCCAGGACGGAUACAAUGGCAGUUUUGUCUUCAGGUUUUGGCAGUACGGUCAGUGGGAGGAGGUCCGCAUCGACGACCUACUGCCAACGUAUGGGAACAGUCUGAUGUACCUCAGCUCGCCUGAAAAACGAGAAUUCUGGAGCUCCCUGCUUGAAAAGGCCUACGCCAAGCUAAAAGGAGGCUACCGUGCCCUGGACAUGGGCUUUCCUCAUGAGGCCAUGGUGGACAUGACAGGUGGUGUGGCCGAGGUUCUGAGUGUGGCCAUGCUGCCCAGGGAGCUCCCGGCCUUUCUGGUGGAGCUGUUAGCCAAGGGCGCGCUCAUCAACUGCGCCAACACACAGGGUCCUUUGGAGUACAGGAAUGAGCUGGGAAUCAUGUUCAGACAUGCAUACUCACUGACUGCUGUGGAAAAGGUGCAGACCACAUAUGGACCCGUGGACCUGGUGCGUAUCCUCAACCCGUGGGGUAAUACAGAGUGGCUGGGCCCAUGGAGCGACCUCGAAGGGCCCGAAUGGAAUACAGUGAGUGCUGAGGAGCAAAAGCGACUAGACAGAAUACAAAGGGAAGAUGGAGAGUUCUGGAUGUCAGCGUCCGACUUCCGACAAAACUUCGAGACCAUGGAGGUGUGUCACCUGGCCGACAUUCAAAGUGAGGCAGGCGUGCAACCAUGGUCGUGUGCAAUGCAUCAUGGGACCUGGGUGCCACGCGUCUCUGCUGGGGGCUCUCCCAAAGGAGGUUGGUUCUGGAAAAAUCCCCAAUUUGGCUUGGUGCUCUCCCAGCACACAGAACACGGAUCACCUGACACUCCAAAGCGCUGCGCCUUCAUAUUGGCUCUCAUGCAGAAAUUUCAACGGCGUCGAGGCAUUGACCUGUCCAUCGCUCUACACAUAUACCCGGCACCUCGUGAGGGCACCCACCUGUCGCCCGAAGACCUGAGUGAGCUGCGGCCGGCGAUGAGCAGUAGCUAUUACUCGUCACGGAGAGAGGUGGUUCUACGGGGUUACCUCCCGCCAGGUCACUAUGUCGUCAUCCCAUCCACCGCCGAGCCCAAUCAGCAGGGAGCCUUCCUGCUGCGCGUGCUCACCGAGCGAGGCCACUCUGCCACCCGAACUCAAGGCCCGGCGACAGAUGACCUGACUUCCCUAAUACCGCCUCAUUAUCCGCAUCAGGAAGCUCUCCCAUCGCUUAAAGGCAUGAGGCAGCUAUUUAAGAAGCACUGCAACAAGAGAGGAUUCUGCAAACCGCAUCACCUUCACAAUUUGCUGACUGAGGCCAUCCAGGGAGGAGUGUUGGCAGGUAGUGAGAAGCACUUGGCCCUGGAACACUGCAAAAGUUUGGUAGUACUCAUGGAUAGUCAGGGCAUCGCUCAGUUAACUUGGCUGGAGUUCCAAGCACUCUGGGACAAGAUCCGGACGUGGACGGACAUCUUUCUGGUUCACGACAAGGACAAGUCACAGUGUCUGGAGUAUAAGGAAGUUGCCCCUGCUCUAAAGGCUGCAGGCAUUGUGGUAGAUGACCUGGUGAUGCAGCUGGUGGGCCUGAGGUACACAGAGCCGGACAUGACCAUCAGCUACCCGGGCUUCCUGUACCUUGUCAUGAAACUGGAGAGCAUGAUCCACAAAUUUCACGCGUAUGACCUCGUGGGAAUGGGCUGCAUCUCGCUUAAUUACAGACAAUGGCUCCACAUGACCAUUUACAACUGAGGUAGAAGAGUCCCAGGAUAUCCUCCAGUGUUUGUUCUGCAUGUGUGAUGUUUAUGUUAUAAUUGUACAUUGUAGCUACGCUGACAGAAACAUGCUUGAAGCACAGUUUUUAUUGUUCAUGUCGUGAUUGAAACAUGGUUGCUUAUUCUUCGACGAUCCUGAUUAUUUUUUAUAAAUGUGACUUUGUUUUAUUAUGAUAGUUUUUAGUAUGUCUGUAUAAUUAUAUCUCGUUGUGUGUUUGUGUGUGUGUGUGUGUGUGUGUGUGUGUGACAGAGAGAGAGAGAGAGAGAGAGAGAGAGAGCGAGAGAUGGCGACAUCCUGUUGUGCUACUGCUGUGUCAACUCACACUACCAUUUUAGGGCAUCAAACAUCAGCCACACUUCCUGUCUCUCCACCUUUUUUGUUAGGUUCGCCACACAUAGGAACAUGCAAGCUGCAAUUUUGCAUUGUUCGGUUGUCUGGUACUCAUGUUUCAAAUAUAGCUUAAUGUCUUUGAAGUUCUGUUCUGCGUAUUUUCAGGCAUGGCCUCUUAAGACAUUUUCUGUGUGUCUACUCACGAUGGACACGUAUACCAAAUUUCUUGUUGUGAAGGUCAACUGGCUUUGGGGGCAAAAUUUUCAAAUAAUGAACAAACUGAAUAAUUACUAGUUUUGUUUUUAAUCGUGACUAAAUUGCCCUUAGGUGUGAUCGUUAGUGUGAAUGGUUGUUUGUUUCUAUAUGCGCUGCGAUUGGCUUGCAACCAGUGGAGGACAUACCAUGCCUUAGGUGUACCUAAUGACAUGUCCAGUGAGGAAGUCACGUGAAAAAAAAUUUAUGACCUCAGAAUAAAUCCUCAAUAUAUGUCCAAAUUAGUAUGUUGCGGUGAUGCUGAUGGACGGAGACAGUCGGAACUGGCCUACCAGUUGAGGUCAGGCUCUUGUCUCUUUCUCCUUUUUUUCUCUCUGUUUGUCUGUCUGUCUCACACACGAACAUGCAUGUUCAUACACACCGUUAUUCCUGACCAAAGGUUUCAGGACUGUGACAAGACCUUGUGUUUUCUUAAAAGAACACUAUACAGUCAUGGAUGGCAUACUAAUCAGCAGCAUUGUAUGUCAACCAAAAACAAUCAAACAGCAGCAUCCAAAUUCAGUAGGAGAGUGACUGCUAUAAAUGAAAACAAAAACCUUACAGUACAGACGUGUGUCGUAAACAAUAAUAGUCAGCAGCAGUUCAUGCAGCGAAACAGGAGAAACGCAUCAAUGAAUAGUCUGCAGUGGAGUGACAAUAUAUUAGUAAGUUAUAUAGAUACGUGAAUGGACAUCAAAACUUCUGACAUUCCAUGCCGUAAAAAUAGUAUGCAGCGUAGUGACAAAUACACCUGUGUAAAUUAUAUACUGGGAACAGAUGUACAGAUGAUCGAAGCAUUGCAACAACUUGUUUCCAUGGAUCACAAACUAGUAUGCAGUGGAGUGAGAACCAUUUACACUGAAAACAUAAUACUGUUUGUAAUAUUAAACUGGUAUGAAUGAAAAGAAAGAAUAAUGAGUAGCAUUGCAUGUGAGAUAUGAAGUUCAGAUCUAUAGAAAUUAAAUGACAGCAAAUAUUUGUGUACAUUUUCAUACAUGGCAGACCGGUUGCAAUGCAGUUUGUGCCACAGCAAACACAUUUUCAAUCUCCACCAGGGGGAGCCGGAUGUCUACAAUCUUUUUUUUUUCCCCCUGGCAAGAAGACUUGUCAGACAGAAAAAGAUUUCUAUCACCGCUUUUAUACUUUCAGACACUGGUUCAAAGGUUACAACAAUAUGCAUUCAGCUCCGGAAGAAACAAUACUACAGUAUAAUAAAACAGGGGGGGAAAAAAACCCCAAAAUGCACACUACAAACUAAAGAGCUUGCCUUUGAAUGAAAAGCAUUGAAGAGAACCCAAACAUUUUUGUGAGUUAUAGUAAACUAUUCAUUCCUGUCAUGUUUUGAUUCCCCAAAGACGACUUAUUUACUUGCAUGGAUAGAGACAAAGAGAGACACUGCUUUUCAGAUAAUACAGAUUAGUGUGUCAUGUAGUAAAUACAGUACAUUAGGGUUAGGGUUACAAUGCAUUAUUAUAUAGCACUUGCUAUCCGAAUACAGAAAGAGAAAACAUUCAUACAAAAUAACGUGUUAUAGAAAAAAAUAAAAUAAAUGCAAAUGAAAUAAAACAAACAUUUUAUUUUUUAUUCUGCAUUCUUAUUCAAAACAUAAAGAUAGAACAUAAACAUCAUUUCUAUCCAAGCAAGUAUUUUUAUUUUGUGAGUUGUCAAUUUGUGUUAUAAUACAUUAUAAAAUAAAAAAAGAGAAGAAAAUAAUUUAGAUCCCAAACUAAAAUUUAACAAUUACUUAAUAUUUUCUAGAAAAUGUGUUUUAAAUACACCUUUAUUCUACUAUUAGAAUUGUAAAAUAUUGCAUAAUAAAAUAUAAUUAUAACCAAAUAAACAUUUAAUGUUUAAGAACUGCUUUCAAACUUAUUUAGGUACAAAUGUAACUGUGAGGCCCAAUACAUUUUAAUAGUUAUUAUUUUAGAAUGGCCUUUUCCCGUUUUUUUUUUUAAUUUUCCUAUUUUAACACAUUUUUCAUCUUCAAACUGUCAAGAAUGUUACUGUGGAUUAUGAUGUAAAAUGUACUUUUUGGAAUAAAAAAGCUGUUUUUUUUUAACACUACAGCCUACUACGCAACCUUAAUGUUGGUCAUUGUGGUUUACUACUUUGAGAAAUAAACCUUUUGUAGGGGGUAUUAGGAGUAAAAAUUGAAGAACCACUAAACUGACUAAUUUGAGCACCUACACAAACAAACCGAAAAUCAAGUUUUAGCAAGUACCUGAAUAUGUAUCACCUGUGUUCUCUGA